AUCCCCCCCACCCCCAAAUACCCCCCACCCCCUAAAACCUUUUUCACCGUUUUUCGACACUUUCUGACUCAUCAUCACCAAUUCUUCAAUCACACCCAGAAAAAAAUGAGCAAGGAGUCAACCCCUUCAGGCGGUUGACCUAGAUAAAUUAUCAGAAAUGGGUAAUUGUUGCUGUUGCUGUUGUGCUUCAAAAGGAGUGGAAUUGAACGGUUCACCCUCAUUCUACCGUUAUCCUACAGUGCCGGAAGAGCGCGAACCCUUGUCAUCUCAUCAUGUCACAGCUGCAGCAUUCUCCUCUGCGGCGCUUUUGGUUGAUACAAAUCUGGACACCUCAAGUCCUGACACUUACAGACCACCUCCAAUGCCGAUGCCUUAUGAAACAUAUGCGGGAAGGCCCAGGACUCCACCAGGUAAUCCAGAUGGCAUCAAGAACGAGGCAGCAGUUCAGGAAAUAAACAUUGAAACUGGUGGAGCACUGAACGUAGCAGAUGCUGCUGAAGCUGUGGACAAGGAUAAGGAGGAGUCUGAAGGCAACGUGCAAACAGAUAUCCAGCUUGAUACAAUAAAGGAAGUGGAAGAUGAACUUGAGAAGUCCGAGGAACUCAAAAAACCCAAACUACCUGUAUCCUUACCACCGCAAGAAGAAUGUCCCAUCUGUCUUGAAGAAUAUGAUGCUGAGAAUCCAAAAAUGAGCACAAAAUGCGAGCAUCAUUUUCAUCUUUCAUGCAUUCUUGAAUGGAUGGAGAGAAGUGACACGUGCCCCGUCUGUGAUCAGGAAACGGUUUUUAAUCCUGCAAUUGAUGAAUAGCAACGAGAAUUCUGCCUAUAGGCGGGUGGUUGCAGUAGUGACUUUGUUGUAUGCCAAGAAGUGUUGUUCAAUACUUUUUGUGUCCAUGGCAGUUUACAGCUUUAGCCGUUGUUUCUUCACAUGUUUCCUUGUGUUUGCUUCAAAUCGUUAAGCUUGGAUGUGGGAAUAAUUAGGAUAAUGAUUGAAAAGGUUAACAAAAAAAGAGGAUAAAGAGAACAUUGGUUUCAAUACAUCGCAUAGGUUCGUUUCCAUUGUGAAUAUCGUUUUUUAAUCCACGAAAUAUAGGUUAUUCAUCACUUGUAUUGCAUUUCUGCAGAUUUGUUUGUGCUUUUCAAUUUCUGUAUCUCCUAUCCUAGAGACAAGUGUCUUUUCUUUUAUCUUUUUCCUUUUUCGGGUCAUUUGACUAUGAAUUGGUAGCUCUAUUUUCUAUAUUUGUAAAUAUGCAGUAUAGGAACAACUCCAUUCUUGUGUACAAGACCACACUUAAACAUUGAAACUUUGUGCAA